GAUCCCAAUAUUUGUAAAUUCGAAAUUAUUGGGGUCACUCAAAACAUUUCUAACCGAGCUUUGGCUCACGCACAAAUUUAACUGUGAUAUUUAUAACUAUUUUGAGCCAAACCAAGCAAAGAUAUGUCAAGUUGUUCAAACGUGGAGAAUUUAUCACCUCAAGUCAUCCGUCAGGUAGCCCGAGAGCUUGGAGAACUAUGUAGCGAUCCACCCGAAGGCAUAAAAGUAUUUACAAGUGAUGAAGACAUUACAGACAUCCGGGCACAGAUUGAAGGACCAGCUGGAACUCCAUAUGCCGGUGGACUUUUUAGAAUGAAGCUUGUGCUUGGAAAAAACUUUCCUUCAGAACCACCAAAAGGUUUCUUUGUUACGCGGAUAUUUCAUCCAAAUGUUGCCAGCAAUGGAGAGAUUUGUGUAAAUACGCUUAAAAAAGAUUGGAAACCAGAGCUGGGAAUCAAACAUAUACUCCUUACCGUUAAAUGCCUUUUGAUAGUCCCUAAUCCAGAAUCUGCUUUGAAUGAGGAGGCGGGGAAACUUUUAUUGGAGCAGUAUGAAGAUUAUUCAAUGAGAGCGAAAUUAUAUACAGACAUACAUGCAAAACCUCCAAAAGCUUCAACAGAAUCAGGUUUAACAUCAUCAUUGAAGGGUAGCAUAGAAGGACCAAUGGCGAAAAAGCAUGCCGGUGACAAAAAACUUAUUGACAAAAAGAAAAAAGAGAAAAAGAAAGUGCUGAAGAGAUUAUGACACCCAUUAUAUCUGACAGACAUUAUGUUUAUUUUCCAUGUUAUUUAUACAUUUUGAUAUGUCGGCCAGACAUGUCGCCUCAUUCAGUUGACAUUCUUCAUGUUAGGACAAUGCAUUUGAUACAUAUAGGACGUAUCGGGUUGACAUUCAUUGGAUAUUAACCGUUGUGACAGUACGAGACACCAGCCGUGGCUAGCCCAGGGCCUACGUUCUUUAUAUAUAUAUCUCAGCAUCUAACUGGUGACAACGAUCUGAAAGGCAUUCUCUGAAAAGUUAUCAUUUUAUGAAUUUUUAAUCUUGUGAAAUCAACCAGUGAUUUGUCUUCACUAGCACGGAAGCAAGUUUAUUUGCAUGUUUGAUGUGCAUAAAGUUCUCUUUUGUACAUAGAGAAAUCUUAUGAUGGAGAUUUGUCUUUAAAUCAAUCAUGUGUAUCAUAAAAUCUUAAUAUAUAAUGUGAAAUAAAUGUACAAUAAAUGCAAUUUUUACAA